AUGGAAUCGCCCCCUAGCAAGGAGGGCAAGCCUCCCACAACAUACACACCAGAAGACACCUAUUUCAAAUCCCUUCCCACUCUCGGCGAAGAAGAAGACUUUCCGAAGCUCGAUGAGGGGUUCCAAUGUACCAUCCAAUUGCUUGAGAAUGCCGAAGCAGUUGUUCAAAGUCUCAAGGACCUGCCCGAGGUCGGCAACUGGCUCAAAGAUAUUGACCGCCUCAAACAAAAAGCUAGCCCACAGCCGAUUACGGAGGUUUCGUACAACACUUCAGAUGAUCCCAAUGAGAAGUAUCGAGCAGAAGUGGAGUUCAUCACCGCCGGCGAGUGGGCGAAAGAGCUCGAUAUUCUUCUUGACGACAUUCAUAACGGCCAAGCGACGUUUGGGCCUGAUGUGUUUGGUACCGAGAGCGAAGCUGGCAUUGCCUAUCACAAACUCAGAGCGGUUUAUCCAGCGCUCAAGGGAGAUGAUAUCAAGAAAGGAAAAUUCAACGUGGAUACCUUGGUCAAAGACGACUCGGUCAAACACUUGUUCGGAUCCGUGAAGACUGUCGCCGGCCCGUCCUUCAACGGGUUUGUCAAGCUUCUUCGAAUCUUUGUUGACUCCAAGGAGAAAGGUCGAGGACAGCCCAAGGAAGCAACAUCACUCGAGUUUUGGCCUUUGAUCAAGGUUGUUCGCGUCUUUAUCAGGUCUGAGACUCUGAAAAGCCUCUGGGUGGGUACCCCGAUCACUCGAGCGGUUGAUGAUCUAGCGGCGAGACAGCUUCUCGGCAAGGCGUUCAAAAGACAGCUCCGGUUUGACGGGGAUUACUCUGCAGUCACCGUCAUCUGUUCCAAAACGGAUGACAUCUCCGAGACUGAACUCCUAAAAUCACUUCCAGACCAUGCUGAAGCGCAUCGCUCCGAUGAAAAACUCAAAGUGAUGCGCCGCGAAGUCUUGGAACGCAGUGGGGAUCUGAUGUCUAAGCAGCAACAGCUAGCGCAGGUCAGGGAAGAUAUUAAGCUCCUCAACAAUCAGAGUCUGCGCUUGAAGCUUACUCUACUUGAAAAUCCCUCCGAUGACAUGAUUGUUCUCGAGCUACCACAAGCUUCGCGAAAGCGACCUGCGAGACCAGCUGCGGGUGAGGCACGCAAGCGCUUUCGAAAGCAGCAGCAGGAUCAAAGCCCCGAGGCGAGUGAUCUCAGUGACGACGCUGAGUCAUCGUUUGAGGAGGGUAAGCCUAGACAGGAGAAGAUUUCUCGAGAUAAGGCGUCUCAAAGACUGCAAAGCCUUAGUGAGCAGAUGGCUAAUUCGGGAAUGAAAGAGUUGUCUAUUAAGGACGCCGAGAACGAUUUGGAGAAUAAGGUAAAGAGCAUGAACGAGGUCAUCGAUUUACUAAAGAAGCAGAGGAGAAGCGCCUGCAUUCGCUUCCGCAAUGAUUUCUCGAAGCCUGAACUUCAGAGACAGUUUGGGGAAGGUGUUCUACAGCUGGAUGAAGAAGAUGCCGCAUACAACGAUGAUUAUGAUCCCAGCAAGGUCCAGCAAGGCAAGUACUACAAGAUCGGCAAAAAGCUCCCUGUCUUUUGUGCGUCAAGCAAUGCCUACCAUAAACUGAUGGGAAGACUUCAAGAAGACGAAUCAAUCCAUGGAUUUACCACGACUGACACCCAGAUUCCUAUGCUCAAGGAACACGCUCUCAACAUUGUCGCCCAAAUAGAGUGUGAAAAUUACCGCCAAGUCUUGCGUGAUUUUGCUCGUUUUCUAACUGGUUUGCAUUUGCGAGUUCUCGUUGCUGCAAAGCCUUACACGCUAACUGAAGACAUACGAGAGGUUGAGAAAGCCAUUCUCCAAGAUCGUCUCAAUGAAUUCCAGUAA